UAUCUUUUAUGAAUAUUUAAUUGAUAAUAAAUGUUAUACGCAUUAGCAUAAAUAGAAAUACGAGAAAAAUAUUUAAAUAAAGGUUACACAAGUGUUAGCCAUACCAAGUAUUUUUUUUUACAUCUACGACGUACAACUGUUGUAUAUAAAAGCGAGUUGAUUCAAUUUUUCGGGUUAAAAGAUAAUUAUUAAUCUACUGAACCUAUUGAAAAAUAUUUUUUUAAAAUGAUUGUCGUUGCGUUAAUUUGUUUUACGUUUAUUGUCAGUGGAUCUUGUCAGUUAUCAGACAAUAAUAUUCUAAAAUCAAAUUUAAUUGAUACACCUCAAUUCAAAAGAUACCUAACUGUACAUGGAUUAAAACCAGUGCCAAAUUAUAGUCCUGACCAAAUUUCGAGUGAGCCGGGACCAGAUCCAAAAAAAAUUUUGGAAAAUAUCGAAAAUGAGGUUCAAACUGUAAGAGAAAAAUUAUAUCAAGUAGUCGAACAACGUUUGACUUCUAUGGUUGAAAAGUUUCAAAAUAACGCAUUGGAGUGGGUAGAGAACCUCAGCAAGUACAUGGCUAAAAAUUAUGAAGAAAAAGGCAAUGCAACACUGAGAGUAUUGGAUGGAGAAAUUGAAAAGAAAUUAAAUUCAUUUGUUGCAAGUUUGAUGCUGGCUACCAAUCAAGCCGUCGAAAAUUAUAACGAUAACACAUCUCUAAUUUCCAAAAGAUUGGACGGCAGAAUAAGGGAACUGAAUGUCAAAAUUAGUGAAGCUGAGAAAAAAGUCAAAGCAGUUGUUGAGACCAAACUUGAUACGAAUGAAGUAAAUUCUUCAAGUUAUGAUGAUAAAUCAAUUUUGACAGAUCAUGAUGGAACAAAAAUACGUUUGUUCGACGAUGAUGAUGAUAGUUUAAAUUUACCUAGUGUUGACGGAUCUUAAAUUUACUUUGUUAGUAUUUUAUUACUAAUACUUUUUUUUAAAAUCUUAUUCACAGUUCAUAUAAUUUUGUUUAAUUUUAUAUAAUAUAUUAAUUGCUAUAUUUUACGAUGAUGUAUUUUAUAAGAAAUUUUUAAUAACAUGUGUGCUAAUGAUUAAUGUAAUGAUCA